AUGGCCGCUUCAAAUCCAAUAACGACAUUGCCCAUUAUGCCGGUCCUGCUCGAGAAACCGACGUCUUCGACGUUGUUGACGUCGCUGCAUUACUUGUUUCCCGUGUUCCUCCUGUUCUUCUUCAUAAUAUUCCUGGCGACAUGGUCGAUUUACACCUCGGAAACGGUGGAUCCUACAAAGGAGUCCAUAUUGUUCGCACGACGCAAGAGCUCGAUUAGUAAACCAAACAUACCGUCUGGUCACGAGCUUCAAAGAGUGCCGAAUAAGCCGCUUCUGAGCUCCUUUGCGAGGUCUAUGUUCCAUUGGGCGCUUGUUGGCCUUACUCUUUCAUAUAUCUUUGAUGCUGCGAAUUUAAUUCUUCACGCACUGGCGAAAAAGGGCUGGUGGGCUGGUCAGGACACAGUUAUAUAUACGACUUCACUGAUAUUCCUCUCGAUAACUCUUCUCGCUAGUCAAUUGGAGAGCAGGUACUACCCUGUAAUGCCACAUGCGACCUCAUGGUUUAUGAUACUCUGCGCCGAAAUCACAAUCCUGAUCGAAGACUCCUCGUUACACACCCGAUUUUCGGAAUGGGACAAAUGGCAGGUAGCUUUGGCUGCUGUAGCCGGGUUCAGAAUCGUGUGGCUCGCUGGCAUGGUAACGAUUUGGUUCCUACUCUAUGCUCGAGAGAAGCGAAAGCGAAUCCAGCUAGAGAGCGAUAGUGGAUCUAGCUCUGAGACCUCUUCGCUAUUGGGAUCGGAUGAUAGCCAUGUUGAGUAUGGAGCUACGACACCACAGCCUGGUGCUAGUAAUAGCAACUCUGCUCCUGUUAAUAAGAAACCAGGUUGGGCUCGUAGGGAUAAGAAUCCUGAAGGCUCGUGGUGGGAGUAUCUCAAAGGGUAUAAGAUGCUGUUUCCGUAUUUGUGGCCAAGCAAGGAUCGAAAGCUCCAGCUUGUUAUGGCGAUUUGUAUCUUGAUCGUUCUGAUCCAGAGAUGGAUUAACGUGAAGGUUCCGGAUCAACUGGGUCGUAUCACUACGAUUCUUGGAAAUGACAAAGCCGACGAACGACGAAUUCCAUGGUUCGAUAUCUUCCUUUACCUCAUUUUCCGCUUCCUACAAGGCAACAUGGGUCUCUUGGGUGGAAUAAGAUCCAUCCUAUGGGUUCCAAUCAGCCAAUACUCCUACAGAUCGAUCUCCCAGGCUGCUUUCGAGCACGUCCACUCUCUUUCGCUUGAUUUCCAUUUGGGAAAGAAGACUGGCGAGGUAUUGUCAGCCCUGUCGAAAGGCGCGGCGAUCAAUAACUUUUUGGAAAUGGUGACAUUCCAAGUGCUUCCGAUGUUGUUAGAUCUGGGUAUCGCUGUGGUUUAUUUCUUGACAAACUAUGAUGCGUACUAUGCUUUGAUUAUUAUCAUUGUCACCGGGGCUUAUCUUUACGUAACUGUGAGAAUGGCCCGCUGGAGAUCUGAUAUUCGUCGAACCAUGGUGAACAAGUCGCGAGAAGAAGAUGCCGUCAAGAACGACUCGAUGAUUGCGUAUGAGACAGUGAAAUACUUUAACGCCGAAGCAUACGAGUUCAACCGGUACAGGGAGGCCGUAAGAGGCUUCCAGCACGCCGAAUACCGUGUCUUGACAUCUUUGAACAUCAUGAAUGUGACUCAGAACCUCAUGUUUACCUUGGGCCUUGUCGCUGCCUGCUACUUGAGUGCAUACCAAGUCACGACCGGUCAAGCCGACGUUGGUAAAUUCGUCACACUCUUGACCUACUUAGCACAGCUUCAGGGACCCCUUAACUUCUUUGGCACAUUCUACAGAAGCAUUCAAAGCUCCAUGAUCAAUUCCGAGAGAAUGCUUGAGCUAUUCCGAGAAAAGCCAACGGUUAUCGAUGAGCCACAGUCUAAGCGACUGGGCCGUACAGAUGGCCACUUGACUUUCGAAAACGUCCAUUUUGCCUACGACGAGCGAAAACCUGCUCUUCGCGGGUUGAGCUUCGAAGCCGCCCCGGGCACCACAACAGCAUUUGUCGGUGAAAGCGGUGGGGGAAAGACCACCAUUUUGCGACUUAUUUUCAGGUUUUAUAAUGCGUCAAUGGGAUCUGUUAAAAUUGACGGACGAGAUGUGAGAGAUUUUACGAUUGAGAGUCUUAGAGAGCAGAUUGGUGUCGUGCCCCAGGAUACCGUCUUGUUCAACGAGACUUUGAUGUAUAAUCUGAAAUACGCCAAUCCUAGUGCUACCGAUCAAGAUGUUUAUCGGGCUUGCCAGGCUGCCAGUAUUCACGAGAAGAUCCUUACUUUCCCAGAUGGGUAUAAUACCAAGGUGGGAGAGAGAGGAUUGCGUUUGUCGGGUGGAGAGAAGCAGAGGGUUGCAAUCGCUCGUACUAUCAUCAAGAACCCCAAGAUCAUUCUCUUGGAUGAGGCUACCGCGUCACUGGACACAGAGACCGAACAGCAUAUCCAAUCCGCCUUGAGAGAACUCACUGCCGGCCGAACUACCCUUGUCAUUGCCCACCGCCUUUCCACGAUCACGAACGCCAACCAAAUCGUCGUCGUAGCCAAUGGCCGCGUCGCAGAAGUGGGCACACAUGACCAACUCCUCGCCCUCAGAGGAAAGUACUCCACAAUGUGGUACCGCCAAAUCCGCGCAGAGGAGAAGAUGAAGAAACUUCAGGCUGUUCAGGAUGAGGAUCCAUAUUCUGGUGGUGAAAACUCACCAGGUACUAGAACUCCGCUUAUUACUAUAUCGGAUACCGAGCUAGAUGAUCAUCAUCCUGGUCCCGUUAUUGCUACAAGCGGUGUUCCCAUCCCGCCCAGCGGUGCUGCGGAGGGCCCAAGGUCUGGCGUUGGAAGCGACGAUCCUCCUAGGUCUCUGUAA